UGAUCUUUCACAUCAAUGUCGCCCUCUGAAGACUGCUAUAAACAUGAAUACACCAUCACCCAACCACACCCCGCUCACCGAGUUUCAUGGUUCCUGCACUGAUGCCUAUACAUGAUCCCUCGUACCCCGAGGCAACUGGCAUGGAUAAGAACUACCAUAAGAUCCUCCUGAGAGUCCUAUGCCAUGAAAGGGAUGCUCUGAUAAAAAUGAACCCACGGUAUUUCAUCACCAGCGACAAUAUAAAUGCCAUUGUGAUGUCUAGAGUCGAUCCAUGACUCGCCACUGCAACCACUCUUAUGGAAAGCCGCAACGGUCUCUUUCAAAGCUGCUAUACCGUGAAGGGAACAUGUAUCGCCACCGAACGGAGACAGCAAUCACAGCCACUUCACCACUGAACUGGAUCAUUGGGCGCCCAUGGAUAUCUAGUCCACGCAUUACUCCGAUAUGGCUGCCCCUUGGCAAGUCUGAUAUUCCAGACCCUUCCACUACUGGCAAACUGUCCAUCGAACAAGGAUAUCUCCUGAUGCUCGAGGGAUCAUUCUGCCUCCACUUGGUUUUCACCGACAGCAUCCUCCGAGGUCAUAAUCUUCAAAGCCCAGUGCAUUGCUUGAGAUUAGCCUAUGCUCCGGUGUGCCUUGAUGCGAACACGAGACAACAGAGUCAACAGCCUGAGACAGGAUCAAGUCCGACCUGGGAGGAUGAGUCCUGUUCUGAAGAUAGCCGGUGUGGCAGAGUAGGAACACCCUAUCUUUCUUAUCUGUAUUUCCAGUCGACAGUGAACUGGCUCAAAUGUCUCGCGACCCCCUCACCAUGUUAUCACUGCCCAUCACCCGAACAACCUCCAACUGCCAGGCCUAAUGUUUUCCUGUCGCGCAUAAGAUGGUACGGUAUCGACCAGUCUGUCUGCAUGCUAUUGUUGCUGCCAUUGUCAACCACUUCAUUCGUCGAGGCGAGUCACAGUCUGUCCUGCCUGCUCCAUCACGUCAUUAAGCGGCUGUCGUACAAUUCACAACGGGAUUGGGAAACGAAGAGAGCCAAAGAAACAUGGCAUGGCAGAUCCGUCAACCUCAAGGCCUUAUCAGAGGGUGAAUUAUUCCGCCGCUCCCGAAAUCCUUACCCCCCUCCUCCCCUCCCCCUCCACCCAUGCAACGGGCAAGCUCUCCAUACCGACUCUCUGCUCUCUCUUCUCAAUCCUUCUCACUUGAUGCAUACCAACUCGCCCGCGUAUCCUCCCGAACAGAACAAAGCAUAACAGCAGAGUCAAUCAAGUCUACAACACGAGACGGACCGCCCGCGCGACCUUAGACACACAAGACCUGGCCAGACUGGUCAGUCGGUCAUCGGAGGAGCAGGAAGAGGAGUUACUGAUGCCAGGUCCUCAUGGAUCUGGAACACAAGGGUGUCAUGGCAUGGUGGGAGGCAUAUCACGGGUGAAGACAU